UCCCCGCGCUACCCCUGCUCCCCCGGGCCGCGCCCCGGGGCCCCUCACUGACCGGCCCAUGGCGCCGCCCGCCGCCCGCCUCGCUCUGCUCUCCGCCGCGCUGGCGCUGGCCGCCCGCCCCGGACCCGGACCUGGAGCAGCUCCCGAGUGCUUCACGGCCAACGGAGUGGACUACAGAGGCCGGCAGAACUGGACGGCGCCGCACGGAGGGAAGGCCUGCCUCUUCUGGAACGAGACCUUCCAGCACCCCUACAACACCCUGAAGUACCCCCACGGAGAGGGGGGCCUGGGAGACCACAACUACUGCAGGAACCCCGACGGCGACGUGAGUCCCUGGUGCUACGUGGCUGAGCACGAGGACGGCGUCUACUGGAAGUUCUGCGAGAUCCCGGCUUGCCAGAUGCCCGGAAAUCUGGGCUGCUACCGAGACCACGGCGACCCGCCGCCCCUGACCGGAACCAGCAAGACGUCCAACAAGCUCACCAUCCAGAACUGCAUCAGCUUCUGCCGGAGCCAGAAGUUCAAGUUUGCGGGCAUGGAGUCCGGUUACGCGUGUUUCUGCGGCAACGACCCCGACUACUGGAAGUACGGACGGACGGCCGGCACCGAGUGCAACAGCAUCUGCUUCGGGGAUCACACACAGCCCUGCGGCGGCGACGGGCGCAUCAUCCUCUUCGACAGUCCCCCCAUGCCCCCCGAGCGCCCCCCAGAGCCUGUGCGUGGCACGGUGCCCCUUGGUCCCGAGUGGCUCUUUGUGGCGAGGGCCGGCGUGUUUGAGAAUGACGCCUGUUGCCCGGGCCUCCCUCACCCCCACCUGCCGUUCUCAGGGUGGACGAUGUACGGCCUCGCCAGCCUCCUCAUCCUCACCGUGACGGCCGUCCUAGCCAAGGUCCUCCUGCACGUCACAUACAAGACCCAGCGCGUGGCCGCCCCGGGGGAGCUCAGGGACUGCCGCCCGGCCAGGGCGCCUGGAGAGAUCUGGAGCAUCUUCUACGAGCCGGCCACCUCCGUGUCCAUCUUCAAGAAGAAGCUCAAGGGCCAGAGCCAGCAGGAUGACCGCAACCCCUUGGUGGGCGACUAAGGCCCCGGCCGGCUGCCCCAGGCCGCAGGGCCCUGGCUGGCACCUCCCGCCUCUGCUCGGCUGCCCCGUCCCUUUCUCUGGUCCCCGAUGACUGGCCUUGGUCCGGACCGGAGGUGUCCCCGCAAGCUCAGGCCAAAGCUCCCUCCGCCUCAUCCUGGGGCUGCUGACCACCUCGCUGACCACCUCGCCAGCCACUGGGGAUCCGGGAAGAGGGCUGGCCUGGGAGGGCCGCCAUCCACACGCUUCUGGUCAGGCCGAGGCGCACCAGCCCGCUGUGCCCACCCUGGCAGCACUCACACAGGGCUCCGCUCUCCCAGGCCGCCGUGUCUGCGAGGCCUUCCCGGGAGCCGAUCUGAGGCCUCCAGACUCUGCCAGGGCGCCCCAAUGGGGCAUGGUGGGGCCCUCCCGGAGGCCGCCCUGAGCCCAGACCUCACCGGCAUCUCCCGCUCCGAGGACGGCCGGCCACUCUCCCGCCUGCUUCAGGCCCGUCCUGCGGGAGCUGAGCUUCCAUCCUUCCCACCGGGCGGCCAGAGGCCAUAAAAGUGGCUGGUGUAACCCGCCAAGGGCCCAGGCCUUGGGCCGCUUGUAUGGGCGGCCUGAGAACAGCCCAGAGCCAGCGGGGCUUGGGGCGGGGGUCCGGCCGGUGCCAUCUGUCCGAGGAGCCGCCUUCCUCCCCAAGGCCCCCCCCAACCAGGGUCCGAGGCCACAGAGGGAGGGGAAGGACAGCUGGGCUCCGGCGAAGGGCAGCGAGGCUCGGGGGGUGGGAACCCACAUUGGGAGCAAGGGCUGAGGAAGGGCUGAGGAAGGGCUGAGGAAGGGCUGAGGAAGGGCUGAGGAAGGGCCGAGGAAGGGCCGAGGAAGGGCCGAGGAAGGGCUGAGGAAGGGCUGAGGACAUGCAGACCCACCUCGCACCCACGCUGGCUCGGCCUGCUCUGGGGCUCGCCAGGCUCUUCCUGGUGCUCCCGGGAUCCACUUACAGGCACUGGGGACAGGGCUGUGUGGCCAGGGCCAGGCCUGGGAAGAGCCUCCAGAGGCUGCCGGCCUCAGCCAAGCUCUCCUCCCUCAGGGCACGCUUCCCUCGGGGGCCCCCCACCCCAUAAAGCACAUAAAUACCAGGCGUGAGGGGAAGGGAGCAAACCCCAAGAAAGCACGCCAGGCCUAGAAGGGCUGCAUCUGAGUUAGCCAGAGUAGCCUCACAGUGCAGGGAGCCCGAGGGCUGCUUGGGGGAUUGGGGGUUCGGCCCGUGGCACCCCCAGAGGCUGGAGGGGAGAGCCGGAUAAGCCAGGCGAGCAGGGAGGCCCUGAGCCGAGGGCCGGCCCGGGGGCAGCUCUCUGGGGAGGAAGGCUGGCAGCCCCUGCCCUCGUCCUGGGCCCCCCGUGUGUCCCCUCCGGCUCUCCCCCUCCUCUGUUGGGUCUCGGCGGCCCCCAGGCUGGAUGUUUGCACUGAUCUGCUGGAAGCACUUAGGAGACGAGCAGCCUUUGCCCACUUUUCCUUCCUCCAGGACCCCGCGAGAGACCCGGCAGGGCACACACACGUCCCGGCACCCACGGUGACUGCCCCUUGGGAGCGGGAUGGCACGUCCCACCCUGGGGCCUUCCUUUGCCUUCUUCUUCCUCCCUGGAGAGCGCCUGGCAGCCUUGUCAGGGGGCUCCAGCUGGGCUCACCCCACCCCCCCUCGGGCCCGCUGUCCCUCCGUCCCCUCAAGAGAGCCGCCAAGCGGAAGCGGGGGGCCUGGUUGCACCCGGAUGUUGGGGUCCCCGCCCGCGGCCUUCGGGGGCUCCGGGGGAUCGGGGGGGCCCUGAUUCUCCUCCGUCUGGAUUCCCCUCUCGGGGUGACGAAGCCUGAUCUGUAAAUACGCUCUUGCCUUUGGGAAGCCGUAGAAACGUCACGUAUUUGGAGCUAUAAGAGGAAGUGACACACUGUAUACGAUUUAAUAUAUAUUUUUAGGAAUUUUGUUAUUUAAGAAAAUGGAACAUGCCGGUCCUUUACAGAAGGCGGAGAGAGAAAAUAAAAGUUCUCGUUGUUGUGAA